UUAGGAGAUUGAUGGAGUAGUAUAUGGGGAAGAAGAAGAGUCUUGAUUUUGUAUUCAUAGAUCUAGACAAAGCAUAUGAUAAAGUUCCAAUGGAGGUUCUAUGGAGAUACUUAAAGGCUAGAGGAGUACUCGUGACAUACAUUAGAGUGGUUAAGGAAAUGUAUGAUGGAGUGGAUACGGAUCGCUCCAAGCGUCUUAAAGCACUUUCCAGUUGUGAUGGGGCUGCACCGUAGAUCAAUUCUUAGAUCAUUUUUAUUUUCCUUGGUGAUAGAUGGAUUGACGCAGAGAAUUCAAGGUGAGUUGUCAUGGUGUAUGUUAUUUACGGAUGACAUAGUUUGAAUUGAUGAAACCCCCGAUGAAGUUAAAGCUAAUCUGAGACAAAACUUGGAGUCAAAAGAGUUCAGGUGCUUCAGGUUGAGUAGGACCAAGACAAAACACCUGGAGUGCAAGUUCAAUGACGUAAAACCUGAGGCUGGCAUGAAAGUGAGGCUUGGUGCACAUGCCAUCCAAAAUAAAGGAAGUUUAAGUAUCUUGGGUUUCCAACAGAGGCAAACACUAGGUGGUUUCUUCCCAUAUAUUCUAGCCUUGGUGGACAGAGUUACCUGAUAUCUGUUAUUGGUGGGAGGUGACAAGUAUUUCGUGAAAUUAGUCGAGGUGCGCGCAAGCUGAUCCGAACACAAAAAGUAUCUUGGGUUUAUUAUCCAAGAAAACAAAGUAUCUUGGGUUUUCAACAGAGACGAACACUAGGUGGUUUCUUUUCAUAUGUUCUAGCUUUGGUGGACAGAGUUAGCUGAUACCUGUUGCUGGUGGGAGGUGGUAGGUAUUCCGUGAAAUUAGUUGAGGUACGUGCAAGUUGACCCGAACAUCACGGUUAUAAAAAAAAGGUUAUCUUGGGUAUAUUAUCCAAGAAAACAAAGAGAUUGAUGAUAAUAUCACAUAUCACAUAUCAUAUCUAGAGUAUUGUGUGAUAAGAAGGUGUCACUAAAACUUCAAGACAAGUUCUUCGUAGUGGUGGUUAGACCAACUGUGUUGUAUGGGAGGAGUGUUGUCCAGUUAAGAACUCUUACAUCAAGAGAUGAUAGCUGUCGAAAUUAGGAUAUUGCGGUGGAUGUAUGGGCAUAUUAGGAGUAUAGGACAAGAAAUGAGGAUAUGCAGAAUAAGGUAGGAGUGACCUAAGUGGAAGUCAAGAUGCGGGAAGCGAGAUUGAGAUGGUUCAAACAUGUAAAUAGGAGAUGCACGAAUGUCCCAGUGCAAAGAUAUGAAAGGUUGGCUAGGGAUGAUUUCAAGAGAGGAAGAGGUAGGUCGAAGAAGUAUUGAAAAUAGGCAAUUAGACAAACAUGAGGCGGUUGUAGCUUAACGAGGACAUGACCUUAGAUAGGAUGUUGUGGAGUACACAAAUUAGAGUAGAAGGUUAGCAGGUAGUAAAGCAUUCUCGUACUUGUCCUUCCAUACUGGUGGUUGUAGUUUUUCUCUGUAGUUUCUUGUUCCUCAAUUUCUGCUUUGUUGUGUACUUUGAUUAUUGCUCAAAUUUAUUGUAGUUAUUAUUCCUUUUCUUUUUAAGGAUGUUUUGUCAUGCUCUCUAUAAUAUUUUGUGUGAUUUAUUCACUUUUGCUAUUUCUUUUUCGAUCUGUUUUGAUAUGCUUUUCCUCGAGUCGAUGAUCUACCCGAAAGAACCUCUCUACCUCUCAAGUAGGCGUAAAGUCUGCGUACAGUCUAGCCUCGAAGAUCUCACUUGUGAGAUUACACUGGGUAUGUUGUUGUUGUAUAUGGGUGAAUCGUCAGUUCUCCCAUCUGUUUGUUCUUGUCCAUAACCUGUUCGAUAAAAGUCUUGUCUGAUUUCCCUUGUUAAUUUCUCUACCUCUCUUGAUUUUGCAGUCAAGUAGAGAAGUCUUGUUGUUUAUCCAUUAAGUGAUUUUAAAAGUUAACAAAAUUUAGAAUGAAGUGAUUGAAAAGAUUAUUGUCUAAUGGUGCCACUCGAAAAGCUUUUCUUCCUGUCAUGUUUGAUACUAAUGCAGGAUGCUUUCAGACAGCUGUGUUAUUCUGUAAAACCAUGGAUGCUUUCAGACAGCUGUGUUAUUCUGUAAAACCAUGGAUGCUUUCACACAGCUGUCAUUCUGUAAAACCACGGUCUAUCUAACUUAAAAACGGUCUAAUCAUUUGGAUUUUGCCGUCCUCAUAGUUCCUUCUUGUCUCGAGCAUAUACUGCUGCUUGAUUUCAUUAUGGUAAUUUUUUCUAAACACUAUCAGUGUAGUUCAGUCUGUGACAGUAAAUCAUGUACCCCUUGUACCAGGUUACUUGAUUAAUUUUCGUUGUAGAGAUUUACCUUAUAGGUGACUUGAUUAUGUAAACAUUUUUAUACUGUCAGUACAUAGAACUCACAUCCUGUUUGUUUCCAUAUUUCUAGUGUAAAUUCUUCUUUUACUAAUGUUGAGUCUUGGAUAGAUUUUUUUGUCAUUUCUUUAACCUCUGAAUUUGUUCUUGUAUUCUUUUGUUCGGAAUAGAGAGUCUUUAAUUUGUUUUAUGGCCAGGCCGGCUUUAAGAGAAAUAAUAUUUUGCUGGAAGUUAGCUUUUCAGUUUGUCUCUUUAUAUUGAUAGUGAAAUAUCAACUGAUAUAUUUGUUGCUCUUGGAUUUCUUCUUUGUCAUUUCUGUUUAUUUAGUCGAGGAUAGAACAAGGAAGGAUUUUCGCAAAAAACAAAUUCAGAGGCUUAUAAGACAGUGUGAAGUGAAUAUGUUCUGUAUGAAAAUAAAGUGCGAAGUGAAUAUGCGGAUAAAAAGUUCUUUUCCACAUUUUUGAAUCCAGUGUGGCUGAUCAUCCUCCUGCUACUGAUCAUAAGUUAUUGCCUCACUAAUAGUUAAUCCGACACGAGCCCCUCCUUGGGCGGAUUCCUCCAUUUGCUCCUCUUCCCACAGUGCAGGUACAUUAAAAUUGUAAAGGUGAGUCGAGAUCCUAUUUGAACAAGAAUUCUGACAUGGCUUCUAGUUCUAGUCAUGCCAGAAACAAGAAAAAAGCCAACCGAUGUGGUGAUCAUGCUGAAGGAAGACAAGGAUCUCUUAGACAAGAUUUGAAUGAGUCAAGUUUUCAAUUGUCAAGUGGCGCUUCAGGAUCUCUAGUUCUAUCAGCUCCCACCAUCAUGAAAAUCGCAAAACAAAGAUUACUCAAAUCAUAUUCACAGAAAUCUGAUGCUUAUUCCAUCAUUUUCAAUCCCCUUACUGCAGCUAAUUCUGGCGUGUCUCCCGAACUAGUGCAGGAUGUGGACCUAGCUGAACUACUUCAAGCUUCUGCUCAACUGGUUGCGACUCGAUCGUUUGAUCGUGGUAGAAAGCUGCCAAGUUUGUGUAACCAGUCUGCCUCUGCUACCGGUACUGCAGUUCAGAAAAUUGUGUAUUAUUUUGCUGAUGCUCUUCUACACAGAAUUAAUAGGGAGACUGGGAAAAUACCAUUUACCGGAGAAGAAGAUAUGAAUGUAUAUUCUAAUGAUACGGAAGAGUUUAUCAUGGAUCUUGAACCUGCUGAAUUUGCAAAGAGACCAUUGUAUGCCUAUCGCCAAGCGACACAAUUCACUGGAAUACAAGCCAUCUUAGAUAGUACAAUCACAGCAAAAAAGGUUCACUUGAUUGAUCUUAGUGUAAAAAGCGGAUCACAAUGGACAACGUUUAUGCAAGUUGUUGCUGAUCGAGAUGAAUUCCUGCUCGAGCAUCUCAAAAUAACUGCUGUUGGAAGGUCUACAAAGAUGAUGGAAGAUGUAGGCAGGAGAUUGUCAGCUUUUGCUGCUGAGACAUUACAAUGUCAGCUUUUGCUGCUGAGACAUUACAAAACGUAUCAUUUUGCUUCAAAACAGUUGUUUCAGACCUGAAGAAUCUGGAGACGGAUUCCUUUGAAGUAGAGGCUGAUGAAGUCGUCGCAGUUUACUCAGAUACAAUUCUUUGGACUGUGUUACCUUGGCCUAAUGUACUUGAAUCUUAGUGCUAUUGCUGAUUGUUUUGAGGUUCACCACAAGGGGAUACCAAUAUGUGGUGGAGGAUUUUACAUACAGAACAUCAUCAGAAGUAUGAUCACAUAUCACGGAGAAGAGACUGUUCCUCGCCAUGGGAAUCUUCAAGUGUGGAGGGACUUGUUUAUCAGGUUCCAUAUGGUAGAAACAGAACUGAGCCAAUCAUCCUUGUGAGCAAGUUUACUGUUUGAGCUGUCCAAGUUCCGCGGAUUGUGCACCUUCGAGCUGUAUGGGAAAUGGCUAGUUAUUAGUUGGAAAGGAACCCCAAUUAUCUCUGCUGUUACUUGGAAGUUUCAAUAGUACUAAAGAAAAGUGGGUUCACAGAACUGAAUUUUGUUAUCUUCCUUCAGCUUAAGUUUCUUGUAGGUGUUGAAUCCCCCGACUUUCUCAUCCGUUUACUUUAUUAUAUUUUGAAUUUUUUAGUGGA